CAUCGCCAGAAGCUAAACCACUUCCUACUUCCGCAAACACAGCUCUGUGCACAGCUUCCCUGUCUGUCGGUCGAUCAAUGCGGCGGUUGACUCCUGUCUUUUCUUUUUCUGCCUCCGUUUUGAUAAAAUCCUCAACAGUUCCGACAUUUAUGAGUGAUUGAUUCGCGCCAUGACGGCCAACAGCCGCUGUUCCGCUGCGGAGCCUCCGGGCCUGGAGACCCAGCGGCGGGAGAUCGAGUGUCUGCUGCGGGAGUGUGAGCUCUGCGCUGGGGACAGUUGGUACGUGGUGGAGCAUCACUGGUUCGAACAGUGGAAGGAGUUUGUUGAGACUGGAGACCAGAACUCGUCGUCCUUUCCCGGUCAGAUUGACAACACUGAGCUUUUUGAGGAUCUGGACUCGUAUCACUUGAAGGAGCGUCUGGUGGAGAACGAAGACUUUGUGCUGGUGCCGGCUGAGGCCUGGCACAGGCUGCUGACCUGGUACGGCAUGGUGGAUGGUCAGCCGCCGCUGGAGCGCAAGGUGGUGGACCUGCCCAGCACUCUGAAGGUGGAGGUUUACCCCGUUGAGAUCUUUCUCUGUCUCCAUAGCAACAUGGAGAACGUCAUCACUGCACAGUUUAGCCGCACCGACAACAUUCAGUCGAUCCAGAGAGCGAUGUUUCAGGCCUUGUCGGUGCCUCUGGCCUCAGAGUGUCGCCUGUGGAUGAAGAGUUCGGACAGCAGCUGCGAGCGUCUCAGGAACGUCCACGUGAGCGUGCUGGACGCCUGUUUGAGCUCGGGGAUGACGGUGAUUAUGGAGACAAGGAAUGCUGACGGCACCUGGCCGAGCUCCAGGCCUCAAAUCAUGAGGAACUCUGUGGAGGAGCCGGACUCGUAUCGAGGACAGCCUGGAGUCUGCGGCCUCACCAACCUGGGCAACACCUGCUUCAUGAACUCUGCUCUACAGUGUCUGAGUAACACACCUCCCUUGACCGAGUACUUUCUACUGAGCUCCUACCUAGAGGAGUUGAACUUCACCAACCCUCUGGGGAUGAAGGGGGAGAUCGCCGAGGCCUACGCUGAUGUCAUCAAACAGAUGUGGUCGGGGAGGCAUUACUCUGUGGUGCCACGCGUCUUCAAGACGAAGGUGGGUCACUUUGCGUCUCAGUUUCUCGGAUACCAACAGCACGACAGUCAGGAGCUUCUGUCCUUCCUGCUCGACGGCCUGCACGAAGACCUGAACCGAGUCAAAAACAAAGAGUACAUCGAACUGCGGGACGCCGACGGUCGACCCGACCAGGAAGUGGCGGAGGAGGCGUGGCGUAACCACCGCCGGCGGAACGACUCUGUGAUCGUCGACACCUUUCACGGCCUCUUCAAGUCCACGCUCAUCUGCCCCGAAUGCCAUAAGGUCUCUGUGACCUUCGACCCCUUCUGCUACCUGAGCGUCCCACUUCCUGUCAGCAAGGAGCGCGUCAUGGAGGUAUUCUUCGUCUCCCUGGACCCUUAUGCCAAACCUGUGCAGCAUCGUGUUGUGGUUCCCAAAGCGGGAAAAGUGUCUGACCUCUGCUCUGCUCUGUCAGAGAUGACCAACGUACCCCCCACACAGAUGGUAGUAGCUGAUGUUUUCAACCAUCGUUUCUAUAAAAUCUACAACGCUGAUGAAUCUCUGAGCUGUAUACUGGACCGAGACGACAUCUUUGUAUACGAGCUGAAUGUGCUGGAUGAGCAGCAGGAGGAGCAGGUGCUGCUCGCCCUCUACCUGAGGGAGCGCUCUCACUACAGAGACUACGGCUCGGGCAGCAGCUCGUACGGGACGUCGCUGUUCGGACACCCGCUGCUGCUCGGCGUGCCGCGGAGCAGCUGCAGCGUGGAGGCGCUCUACGACCUGUUCCUGCAGAGGCUGGCGCGCUACGUGCGGCGUCCCGACCCUUCUGAGGAGUUGGAGGAGGAGGAAGAGGAUGAUGAAGACGAGCUGUACAAGACUCAGACCAACGGCAUCAGUGACGAUGAGCAUCAGGAGGAAGCAGAGAAAGUCGGACCCUCUCAGACUGAACCCUGCUGCAGCGAUUCAUCAGCAAACGGCCAAUCAGACGGCGCCACUUCCGUCGAGCCCCUCCCUAAUCUCAACCACACACAGGCCUCACCGGGCGACGCCAUCAAGGAGACCAGCAAUGGGUCCGAGAGCCGGACCGAGCUCCUCGACAACGCUGAGGCUAACGCCGCCAACUGCACCGAUAACGUGGAUCUCUGCGGGGACUCGAGCCGGACCGCCAACACCGGCGCCACCUCAGAAACGCCGGCAGAGCCAACGCCGCAGCCCUGCGAAACCGCAGAGGAGGAGAAGGAGGAAGACAAGCAGGAGGAGGCGUGUUCUCCGAGCCCGCCGGCCGCCGAGCAGCCGGCUAAGAGGAGGGCGUGUCGUAAGAAGAGGAAGAGCUUGUUCACCAUCCAGGCGGUCAACUCCAACGGGAUGACGGAGAGGGGGACGGGAGAGGGAGGGAGCGCCGUGUCCUUCGGCUCUCAGCCGUAUGUGGCCAUCGACUGGGACCCCGACAUGAAGAAGAGAUUCUACAACGAAAACGAAGCCGAGAAGUACGUCAAACACGGCAGUAUGGAGGUUCCUCAGCAGCAGACGACGGUCGAGCUGCGUGAGUGUAUCGAUCUGUUCACCACCGUGGAAACACUGGAGGAGGAGAACCCAUGGUACUGUCCGGUGUGUAAGAAGCACCAGUUGGCCACGAAGAAGCUCGACCUCUGGUCUCUGCCAGAGGUUCUCAUCAUCCACCUCAAGAGGUUUUCCUACACCAAGUUCACCAGAGAGAAGCUCGACAGCAUCGUGGACUUUCCCCUCCGAGACCUAGACUUCUCCGGCUGCCUCCUCAGGAGAAAUCUGUCCAGUGGGGAGCCUCCGAGCCGCUACGACCUCAUCGCCGUGUCCAAUCACUACGGAGGACUCAGAGACGGACAUUACACCAGCUACGCGAAGAACAAGGACAACGGGCAGUGGUAUUACUUUGACGACAGCAAGGUGACCUACGCCAGAGAAGACCAGAUCGUGACCAACGCUGCCUAUGUCUUGUUCUACCACCGACAAGACAAAAUCAGAAAACCCACUCUGCCCCCUCCCAACACAAGCCCCGUCUCCUCUUCCUCCGCCCCCGAACCCGCCAAUGACGUCGCCUCCUGCAAAGACGACAAUGCAGAACUGGGCGCAUCAUCCCACGUCACCAUGGAAACUGACUAACUGAAUGCGAAAAGAUUGAGUUUUAAUUCUACUUGAUGGAUGAUUUGUUUUUUUCCUUCAUCAGAACACAGCACGGGCCUUUUCUCAUAUUUUUUUUACAUUUUUAUUUCAUAGUUUCCACAUAUCAACAACACUUUGACUUUGUAUGAUUACGUCCUGAUUAACUCCCAGAGUGACUAAAAACAGCAGGUUGAGUCUGUGAUCUUCUCAGCUCGUAUUUUCUGCCCCAAAAUGUUGGUGUUUGCUGAGCGACGUCUCGUCCGGUGAGUUUAGUUUCUGCUCGACAGUGAACGUUGAUCACUGAUUCUCAGGUAGUUUGAUCGGGAGGGAGGACGUCGGCUCUGAACACAGAAACCCAGUUUGUAUUAAUGCUGCAGGGAGGAAACGCAACAGGACGUUAAUCCUCUUUAGUCCACAUUAACAAAUGAGUGUCCUCUUCAUUGGAGGUUCAAAACUAGCUGAACUCAGUGAGUAAUUUAACAAUUUCAUACAAAGCUGUUAUAAAGAUAAAUCACUUGGUCACGAGACAGAUUUUCUACCACCUAAGACCCUGAAUUUUACAUUUACUGAUAUAUGACGGUUUCCAUUUCAACAUACUUUUAAUCCUUAAAAAUGUUUUAAGCAGGUUUCAUUCACAUUUUAGACGACACUUUACAUAUCUUCAAAUUAAAUUACUGGUAAACACCGAGUCCGAUUUGAAAAGCCUUUUUACAAUAUAUUUCAAAUGUAUUCGGGUUAAGAGUUUGUGAUUAUGCUUCAAAAUUUAAUUAUAAAUUCAUCAUCUAGACAUUUUUUUUACAUGGAGUUUAUAACAUAUUUAAAGGGGCAGUAAGCGGUUUUAAUCCAAUACACGUUUUUUAAAAUUCAGCGAAUAUUCCUUUACGGAUCCGUUCGUUGUCCAUUCUGUGUGCACUCUGAAAAUAAUCUGACUUUUCUGUAAAAUUGGAAACAAAAAACUAUUGGUGGUUUGAGCCAAACAAUCUUUCUCCAAAAUCACUUUCUGCCCCUUUAAUAACAUUUGAAUUACAUUACAGUUUAAUUAAUCAAUGGAAUGCAUCUGGUCAUGGAUUCCUAAAUUUUGAACAGGAUCAAAUCUUGUAUUUGUCAGGUAAUUACCUCUCCAUGCACCAUAUUUGAGGGGAAUUAAUUUUAAGUGUAAGGUUCUGCAGUCAAAGUUUUGUUUUUCUUUAUUUCCUCUUGUGAAAUUCGGCACAAACGUUCAUGUGGGAAUUUGAAAACAUUGCAAUUUUGUGGAAAAGGUUAGUUUGAGAUCCAGCCUUUGAAACAUUGAUGCCUAAUUUUACUGGUGAAAACUGAAAUAUUAAAGUAAAUUAUAGAAUCAGACAAGUUGUUUGACUUUAGAAAACCAUUGUUAAAACAGACCAGUAAGCAGCGUGAUGGGGGAUUAUGGGUAAUCAGGAGUGUUUUUAACAGAUAAAUAGAUCAUUUAAUACUGAACAAAGCUGCCAGGGGACAUAAAUAAUUAUUUUUGUAUAUUUUGAUUGUUUCUUCUCGUAUUUAUUUUUAAUUGACUAAUUUCUGCUGUCACGUGACCAUUUUUAUUUUUUAUUUUCUUCAAUGAUUUUAUUGAUAAACUGGUUUAGGACAUUAACAUGCUUUUCUUGUGGUAUUUAUAGAUACAAUUUUUAUUCAGGCAUAAAAUUAUGUGACAGAAUGAAAAGUAAGAUGUUGAAUUCAGUCUGUGCAAGAGUUGGACGCAGACAAAGUUUUCUCUAUUGUCAGAGUGAGCUCUCACUUCUUUAAACCACCUCUGUGUACAGUAUUUUUGUAUUGUAAGAAGAAAUGUAUUAUCAUUCUCAUUCCUCGGUGGAGGCGGGGAGGGGAGGGGGCUUGAGGGGAUUUCUUUCUUUGGUCUUCCCUAUCAGAUGAAAAUAUUUUAUUGUACUCAAUUUUUUUUGAUAUCAAUAAAAUGAUUAUUAUUAUCAGAGUGA